AUGAGUAUAGGAGGCUCGUCGGGAAUAGGAUUGGCCACGGCAAAGCUCUUCUUGUCCAAAGGGGCGAAAGUUGUCAAUCUUGAUCGGACAAUUCCUGCUUCUUUCCAACAUGCCGAUUUUGAAACCAUCAUCUCGGACGUCACCAGCUGGACGUCACAAUUGAACGCAUUCAAGCAGACGAUUAGCGCUCACGGUGGCAUUGAUGUUGUCUACGCCAAUGCUGGCAUCGCCGAAGGCGAGAUGGCUUUGCAGGACAAGGUUGAUAGCGUCUCAGGCGAUCCAAUCGAGCCAACCUGGAGCACAGUCAAGAUCAAUCUCAUCGGACAGCUGAUCACACUGAAGCUGGCCAUCCACUACCUCAAAGCUAACCCAAACGGAGGCAGCAUCAUUCUCUGUGCGUCGAGAGGAGGUUAUGCAGGCUAUGCGAUGCCCGUGUACACCGCCACCAAACACGGUUGGGGGAUCACUGUCAAUGCCAUUGCUCCAUCCUUUACACUCACGGGCUUGACCACAGAGUCACAGAGGCUGUUUGAGGAGGCCAAUGUCCCAUUGCAGACUGGAGACGACGUUGCACCUGCUGUGCUCUACCUCGCGCAGGACAAAAGCCUGGCGGGCCGUUGUAUUUCCAUCUCUCAGGGCAAGUUCCGUGAGCUUGAAGGAGUUAUUGAUGGGUUACGAUCAGAGAUAUAUGGAGUCGAUGACUUUGAACCCAAAACUGACAGAGAAGUCGCUGCGGCGCUGUCAACCCAAACCACACUGUGGUGA